CGGGGCAGGCCGCGUGCGGGAGGCAGCAUGGUGGCGGCGGGCGCCCACCGGCCCGGGCCGCUGAAGCAGCAGAACAAAGCGCACAAGGGCGGAAAGCACAGCGGGUCCUCGCAUCGCCGCGCUGGAGGCCGCGUCUCCGUCAAGGCCCAGCCUCGUCGGCGGCUCCGCGACCUCAGCAGAGUGGACCGGCGGCACCAGGCGCUGCAGCUUCGCCGACAGCGCAAGGAGGCGGUGCUGGCAGAGAAGCGGAGUUUGGGCAGCAGGGAUGGUCCACCGCACCUCGUGGUUCUGGUGCCACUGCACAGCAGGGCUGCAGCCCACGACACCCUCCACUUGCUGCAGAGCCAGGACGCAGCAGUUGUCCCUGUGGCUGAGGGGAAAGCUGGUGACUUUGCACUCCUCUGCCCCCGCCUGAAGCAGCGCUGGCGCUUUGUGACAGCACAGGCAGGGGACCUUCAUGCUGUCUUAGACCUUGCAAAGGUUGCCGACUCCCUCCUGUUUAUCCUGGAUCCUACAGAUGGCUGGGACAGUGCUGGGGAUUACUGUCUCUCCUGCCUCUUUGCACAGGGCCUCCCCAGUUAUGCUCUUGCUGUCCCAGGAGGCAAUGACUUGCCACCUAAGAAGCGGAUAGACGCCAGGAAGAAACUUGCCAAAGCCAUCGAGAAGCGAUUCCCCGAGGCCAAGCUGUUCCCCCUGAACACGGAGCAGGAGUCCUCGCUGCUGCUGAGGCACCUGGCCACCCAGAAGCAGCGGCACCUGGCUUUCCGGGACAGGAGGGCUCACCUGCUCGCCUACGCUGCCGAGUUUGUGCCCGGCCAGGAGAGUGACCUGGUUGGGACCUUGAAGGUGUCUGGCUUUGUCCGGGGACAGACCCUCAGUGUGAACAGCCUGGUGCAUAUUGUGGGACAUGGAGACUUCCAAAUGAGCCAGGUGGAUGCUCCCCCUGAUCCUCUCUCUUUGAACCCUCGAGUGGUUAAAGGACAGAAGAAGAGUGAGCACAUGGAGAUCCAGGAUGACUCUGCAAAUGGCACUGAUGAGAUGGAGCAAGAUACUAAGGUCCUGAUGAAGGCAGAUCCAAAGAAGCAGGAGUCUCUGCAGUCAGAAGUGGUUCCUGAUCCUAUGGAAGGGGAACAGACGUGGCCUACUGAAGAAGAACUGCAAGAAGCAGAGGCUUCUCUGAAGACAAACAGGAGGGUGGUGAAGGUCCCAAAAGGCACAUCCAAGUACCAGGCUGCCUGGAUUGUGGAUGAUGGAGAAGAAGGCAGUGAGAAAGAUGAUGAUGAUGAUUAUGAUGAUGAAGAUGAUGAUAUGAUGGAAGAGGCAGUUUCCCAGGAAGGAGAAAGCAGUGAGGAGGAAGGGGAACCUGCAGAGGAGGACUGCGAAACUAUGACCAUUCCCGAGAGCCUGCGGGAUGACCAGUAUGAUGAGAAGGUGGAGGAAGAUGAACAGAUGCUGGAGAGAUACAAACAGGAGAGAAUGGAUGAAAUGUUUCCAGAUGAGGUGGACACACCACGGGAUGUACCUGCCAGAGUCCGGUUCCAGAAGUACAGGGGGCUGAAGAGCUUCCGGACUUCUCCAUGGGAUCCCAAAGAGAAUCUCCCAAGGGAUUAUGCCAGGAUUUUCCAGUUCCAGGACUUUGCCCGAACCAGAAAGAACCUCUUCCGGCAAAUAGAGAAAGAGGAGACUGAAGGAGCCUCGGUUGGCUGGUAUGUUACAGUUCAUGUCUGCAAUGUCCCUGUCUCAGUGAUGGAGAGUUUCAAAGAAGGAAAGCCCCUAGUCCUGUUCUCGCUGCUUCCCCAUGAACAAAAGAUGUCAGUGCUGAAUUUCCUGGUGCAUCGGCACCCAAGCAACUGUGAGCCGGUGAGGGCCAAGGAGGAGCUGAUCUUUCACUGUGGCUUCAGGCGCUUCCGAGCGUCCCCCCUCUUCUCCCAGCACACCUCAGCUGAUAAGCACAAGCUGGAGCGUUUCCUGCGCCCGGAUGCUGCUGUGGUGGUGACUGUUUAUGCUCCCAUCACCUUCCCUCCUGCCUCAGUGCUGCUUUUUAAACAGAGAGGCAAUGGAAUGCAUGACCUCAUUGCCACGGGUUCUCUGCUUUCCGUGGACCCCGACAGAAUCGUCAUCAAGCGGCUGGUGCUCAGCGGCCACCCUUUCAAGAUCUUUACCAGGACGGCCGUGGUGCGAUACAUGUUCUUCAACAGAGAGGAUGUGAUGUGGUUUAAGCCAGUGGAGCUGAGGACAAAGUGGGGUCGCAGAGGACACAUCAAAGAGCCCUUAGGUACCCAUGGUCACAUGAAGUGUCACUUUGAUGGGCAGCUGAAGUCCCAGGACACGGUGCUGCUGAACCUCUACAAGCGCGUUUUUCCUAAAUGGACUUAUGACCCCCAUGUUCCUGAGCCUGUGCCCUGGGUGAGGAGUGAGAGUGCACUGCCAGUACAGGAGGUGGAAAUGGAUUAAGUCUCCAGCAUGGCUAAUGCAGUUUGUGCCUUGGCUCCCUGGAUGCUGUUCUCAGCAAGGACAACACUUAAUGUCUCGGACAUACUACCGCUGGGGUCUGUACAGGGGUGGCUGUCUCACCAGCUGCUGCUCAGGUACCAGCUACAGCUAUUUAUUUUAAUGGAAAAUGUUUUCAAAAACAUCCUGGUGCUUGUGUCUUGGUGGUAGCAGCUGUGGGGGCUGAACGGGGAGGCUGUGUGCACCCCUUGAUUGGUGGAGCCCACUGGGGCUGCUGUCUUUCCAUCGUGCCCUUCCACAGCUGUGUGUGGGGAUUUU